GGCAUUUGCAAUGUUGCAUGUAUAAAACCAAACUGUACACAUCCAAUUAAGCAUGCAGGUGAAUGUUGUCCAACAUGUCCUCAUUCUACAACAACUCAUCCUCGCAUUUGCAAUGUUGCAUGUAUAAAGCCAAACUGUACACAUCCAAUUAAGCAUGCAGGUGAAUGUUGUCCAACAUGUCCUCAUUCUACAACAACUCAUCAUCGCAUUUGCAAUGUUGCAUGUAUAAAACCAAACUGUACACAUCCAAUUAAGCAUGCAGGUGAUUGUUGUCCAACAUGUCCUCAUUCUACAACAACUCAUCCUCGCAUUUGCAAUGGUACAUGCAUAAAACCAAACUGUACACAUCCAAUUACGCAUGCAGGUGAAUGUUGUCCAACAUGUCCUCAUUCUACAGAGCGGCCUCGGGUUUAG